AUGAACGACAUCAUCAUCAUCGGCGCGGGACCUAGCGGGCUCUGCGCUGCCCGCACAUUCCUCAAAUAUGAUCCCGAGGCGGACGUCACGUUGCUCGAUGCACAUGCCACUCUGGGCGGCGCGUGGUCCCGCGAGAAGCUCUACCCGUUUCUCAAAACGAACAACUUGACGCCGACCCUGGACUUUUUUGACUUGGGGAUGAAGGAGGCUGUCGGCAUCCCGGACGGAGAGCAUGUGACGGGCGAGUUGAUGCACCAAUAUCUGUGUGUCUAUGCCGAGCGCUUCAACAUCGUUGACAAGAUUCAGCUGCGCACAAAGGUAUUGUGCGUGCGGAAAGAAGGAUCUACUGGCGGUUGGGCACUCGACGUCGAGCAAGACGGCAAGAAACGUAUUCUCAAAUGCAAGAAGCUGAUUGUAGCCACCGGGAUCCUGAGCGUGCCACAAAAGCCGGAUCUGAAGGGCGCCGACGAGUUUGAUGCACCAUAUCUACACUCGUCCGAGCUAGGGCCAAACUCUCACGACUUGUUGGAAGAUCCUUCGGUGCAGAAGAUCGCGGUGCUGGGCGGCUGCAAAUCAGCGUACGAUGCGGUUUAUGCGGCUGCUUCUACUGGCCAUAAGGUCGAGUGGAUCAUCAGAAAGUCUGGGAGAGGUCCGACUUGGGUGUUCCCAACGCACACCUUUCUGGGGCCAUUCGAGGCGUGGCGUGAACGGUUGGUAACGAGGCGGAUCAUCUCCUUCAUGUCACCGUGCAUGUUCCCUGACUUCUCGGGGUUCAAGUGGCUGCGGAAUUUCCUGCACCGCAGUCGGUUGGGAAAGCUGAUCCCGCAAGCUUUCUGGAAGGCGAUCCAUCACGAUACCAUCCGCGAUUGCGGCUACAAGAGCCAUGAGAGUCUUGAGGUCUUACAGCCAGAGCAAAGUCCUUUCUGGUAUGGUACUGCAUCCGGUACGCUUAGCUAUGACUCCGGAUUCUUUUCAUUCAUACGGAGUGGACAAGUUUGGAUCCACAGAGAAGAUGUUCGUCAUCUAUCACCACAUACUGUUCAUCUCGCGGAUGGCACUGAACUUGAGGUCGAUGGCCUUAUAGCUGCCACGGGUUACUCGGCUAAGCCGACCAUCUCUUUCGAGCCGACAACGAUUCAUUCAGACCUUGGUUUACCAACGACAGUGCUUGAGAAGCAACAGUCAAGAUUCUGGGCGGCGGAGGACACGAAAGCUGACUCGGCUAUCGCCGACCGUUUUCCUCGCCUGAUCCACGGACCGUACAUGUCUCCUGGCUCGUCCACGCCGAGAUCCUUCCACUCGGGAGCGGCAGGGGAAGUCAAGUACACGCCAUGGAGGCUUUACCGAGGGGUUGCUCCCCCGGGGCUUACUGCCAGCGGGGAUCGGUCACUGGUCUUUAUCAGCAUGUUUAGUAACCUUGCCAACACCAUCCGACUCGAGAUCCAGUGUCUGUGGGCUCUCGCAUAUAUGAAUGGGGGACUUCCGUCAGUCGAUCGCGACAUCACAGACGGCAAGAUCUUCGAAGAGACGGCCCUCUUUCAACGAUUUGCGCAACACCGGGCACCGUAUGGGCACGGACGCUUUUAUCCCGACCUGGUCUUUGACCAGCUGCCUUACUGGGACGUGCUGUUGAAUGACCUGGGCCUGGCCACGCAGAGAAAAGCAAGUGGGUUGAGGGAGUUGUUCGAGCCAUAUACGCAGGAUGACUAUCGGAGCGUGUUUGAGGAGUGGGUGCAAAAGAACGGCUAG